AUGGCUACUGCUGCAUCGUCCAACCUGCAUCUGCGCUUCGUCUGGAAGUUUUUGGUGGUUGCUUUCACGCUGAUUCUCUCAGGGACAUCCCUGGCCGUGGCAUCUCAUGACAAGCGGGGGGGAACAGUUGGGACAACAAGUGGUCACGACGCAGUGUCUGAUGCUGCAAGCAACGCCAUGGGAACCCAGUCGCUCGUUUUCAGGCAUCGCAGCCUGCUCAGCUCCACCCCGCCAGAGCCCCUGCCUGUUGAACCUCCCGCCUCGCUGCAGACUGCCACCAUCCUGCUCAGCUCCACCUCACCACAGCCCUUACCCUUGCCCGUUGACCCUCUUGACUCUCUGCCAACUGCCACGAGCUUUGGUGGCGGAGGAGAGAUGAGCCCUCCUCCCCCCCCACCUUCUCCUCCUUCGGGGGGAUGUUGUAGCUGA